AGAGCCUUUCCUGCUUCAACUUGAAGUUGCAUGAAUUGCCUUCAACUUUCUCACCGGAGUCAGAGUCAAGGGGUGCCCUGGAAGUUCUCAGACGCAGCAGCCAUGGCGGCCUCGUCGGUCAGCAUCAACGUGAUGCUCGCCAUCCACGGCAAGAAGACCCAGGCAUUUGACCUUUACAAGCCGCUCCGGAAUUACAUCGUGCAUCACUAUUCGGAGAGGGAGGCGCAGGAUGCUGAGGACGACUUGCGGGCGGUCCAGGAGAUGCGGCUGCAGGUUGUGGCGGCGCAGGAUGCCCUGGAAGCAAGGCGGGACCUCCUGCAAAAAUACUUCCGGGCGCUUACUGUCAUGGAGUCACGCUUCCCAAUCAGCACAGAGCGGGAGCACGUCAACACCGUCACUUUCACAUGGUGGGAUGCGUUCAAGAAUGCCAGAAAGGCGUCUCAACAGAACAUUCAUUUUGAGAAAGCGGCCAUCAUGUUCAAUCUUGGGGCAGUGCAGAGUCAGCUGGGGCUGAAUGCAGAGCGGUCGACAGCAAACGGCCUCAAGCAAGCAUGCAACUGCUUCCAGGCUGCCGCCGGUGCGUAUGCAUACCUGCGGGACAAUGUUGCGAUGAAGGCCAACCCUGACCUGGCAACUCCGGAUAUCUCCAUCGAGUGCGCGGGCAUGCUUGAACGCCUCAUGUUGGCGCAGGCCCAGGAGUGCUUCUUUGAGAAGGUCACAGCAGAGAACAAGUCGUCCACCCUUUGCGCCAGGAUUGCCAAGCAAGUUGGCCUGUUCUAUGAGGAGGCAUAUGCUGCACUGGUGCUUCCCCCUCUGAAUCAGCACUUCGACAAGUCCUGGGUUUCCCAUGUCCAGCUGAAGGCUGCUCAGUUCCACGGAGAGGCCCUGUACCGGGUGUCGUUGGAUCUGCACGCUGCAGAAGAGAUUGACAAGGAGAUAGCGCGGUUGAAAGCGGCUACCACCAUCCUGGCAGAUGCGAAGAAGCAAAGCAAGGGCGUAACUGGGCCGCUCAUGGACGCUGUGACGAAGCUUGAGUUGAAUGUUACGCGCAACCUGGAGCGGGCAAACAAGGAGAACGACCGGGUGUACCUGAUGCGGGUCCCACACAACGACAGCCUGCCUGCUAUUCAAGCAACCCCAUUGGUCAAGUCAAUGAACCUGGACGACGCGCUGGACCCGAACAAGGAGAAGAUGUUCACGGGCCUCGUCCCGGACAGCAGCGCCAAGGCCCUCUCCAGAUACACCGAAAUGGUGGAUGACAUCAUCCGGACGCACAACAACAAGCUACAGCAGGAGAGCGAUGUCACCAGGGUGCGCCUCAAGGAGAUGGACCUUCCGGACGUUCUGCUGGCGCUGGAUGGCAACAUCCAGCUUCCCGAGCAGCUGCGGGAUGACGUGGAGGCGGUCCAAGUGGAGGGGGCCACCGCUGCGCUCGAGCAAGAGCUGCAGCACCUGCGGGAGCUCCGAAAGGAGAAUGAGCGGUUGCUAGCGGAGACGGAGGGCCUCUUGGAAAAAGAGGAGCGGGACGACGGGCAAGUGCGGGCCCAGUUCGGGACGAGGUGGACCAGGCCGCAGUCGAGCUCGCUGACCAAGAACCUAAAGGACCGCGCCAACGGCUUUGCGUCAAACUUGAAGCAGGCUGGUGAGAGCGAUGCACGGAUCGAAAAGACCAUCAAAGACCUGGAGCCGCUACUGUCCAUUCUCAAAGUCCAGCCGAUUGAAGCGGCCAUCCCCCCUCUUGCUAAGCCGAUUGUAUCCGUACACGGAAACGAAGACCAGGUCGCUCAUGGGCUGCGUCAGCUACUGAACGAGCUCGAGAAGGUUGGCUCGCAAAGAGCUGGGCUCGAGGAUGCACUCAAGAGCAUGAAGCAGAAGGACAACAUUCUGCCGCGGUUGAUGACAUACUCGGGGUCGUACGAGGAGCUGUUCAAGAAGGAGCUGGCAAAGUAUGACGCCAUCACGGCGGACGUGCAGAGCAACGUGGCGCGCCAGGAGGAGCUGCUCAAGCUCAUCAAGGACCAGAACGACCUCUUCGUGCAAGCUUUCCAGCUGGCAGAGUAUCGAGGCGCGCGCGACAAGGUGGUCGACCAGAUCAGCCGCGCGGCCGCCAAGUACCGCGAGCUGCGCGAGAACAUGAACGAGGGCGUCAAGUUCUACAUCACGCUCCAGGACGCGAUCACCGCGCUCAAGCAGCAGUGCGGCGACUUCGUCAUGACGCGCGACAUCCAGCUCAGCGAAAUGCUGGAAGACCUCCAGCGCCAGGUGACCAGCAUGACCAUUUCGGGGGGGAACAAGCCCGCCGGCCCGGGGGGCUACCCCUCCCCCUACGGCGCGCAGCCUGGCCCCCCCCAGGAGAGCGCCGCCAGCAACCGCCCCCCCCCACCCGCAGCCGCAGCAGCACUCGGGGGUGCAGCUACCUGGGCCGUUCGGGUUUGUACAGUCGUUGUUCGGAGGGGGAGGCCCGGGGCGGCAGCCCAGCCCCGAGCCGCAGCAUAUGCAACCACCCCCCCGAAACGAGCAACACCCUCCUGGAGGGGGACAGCAGCCUUCGUACCAGCAGUCGCAGCCGUCCCCCUACCCCCCCUCCCAGCCGUCGGGCUAUGGUCCGUCCCCGUCCUACCCCCCCCCUUCGCAGCACCACGGACCCCCUUCCCACGGGCCCCCGACAGGGCCACCGUCGUAUGGGCACUCGACGCCCCCCCCCUACGCCGAUCCGUACUAUACUCAAGGCCAACCGGUGUCGGGGUACGAGUACGGCGCGCAGCAACAUCAGUCGCAACCGCAACAAGGCCCCCCCGGGUACCAGCAAUGGCAGGGGUAUGGUUACCAACAGCCGGCGCCGCAGAACCCGCCUCAGCAGCAGCCGCCGUAUGGCCAGCCGCCACCGUACUAUGCGCCCGGAGGAUAUCGCUAGCCUGACAGGAACGUUGUAGAUUGAUAAUAGUAUCAGAGCGGACGGUCGAAGUGUCAUUGUGAUGCAACUUGGCUCUGGAGGCAAUUGAUUUCAAUUGAAGACACGUGUAAGGACCCCCGUCCAUCUUUGAGAGUGCAUGGCAUGAGAAGAGGCAUAUGCCUUUUCACACAACAAAGGGUAAGAGGUGAUUAACAACGACGGAACAUUCGAUUAUCCCACUAGAUUGCCCUUGCCUCUACCUGCCG